UCACAACAACGCAACAGACCUAUAGGAAUACAAAACUGCAUCCAAACCCGCAUAAUAACUUACUAAAUAGUGAGUCAAAAGUGAAGGUUGUGUGCUAUUUUUUUUACACACUACGCAGCACGGUAGUAUGUGGUUUGGGACGUAGUCCAACAUUCUCUUCUCAGUUCGAGAUUUUAAGCGAAUAGAGAAGAGACGAGCUGCAGAGGAAGAACCGAUGCGACAGAAUGUAAGUUCUCUUAGUUUGGUGCAUGCAAAUUUGGCCUCUGAGCAGGAUAAAAAACGUGAACAAACGGAUCCUUGGACCUGCAGGAAACUUUCAUUUAAAUUUUCGUGAUCGCCUCAAAUUCUAUGCGAUGGAAUCUAAAAGUUUACAUCAUGGACAUUUUGACAGAAAACCUGGCAUGCCCCUGGGUGCAGAUGCUAAAAGGACAAAUGAGAAGUCCCUGUUUGCUUGGGCUAUGAAUUUCGGCUGAAAACCCAAGUGGAACUGCAGGACUAACUGAAGCUGAACCGACAUGGAUAUCUGCUGGCUGUUGGGUUUAUAACCAAAUGCAUAGUGAACCUAAAAACAUUAGGAGUAGUGAUGGCAGUCUGGGUUAUUUAUGAGGGCAUCACUGCGUAUUCACGACUGAAUCGACUCUUUUUUUCCCCUAGAAAGUUUUGCUUGACUUGUUGAACGCUGAUUGCCAAGUUGCGUAAAGAGGUAAGGGGUUGCACAUAGUUCACAUAGAAUUCACUGGGUUGUAAAACUGUAAAUGUGUUUUUAGCCAGAUUGUUAUCACUUAAAAGGCCGGAUAUUCUCAGACAUAGAAUAAAAGGCUGGUACAUUUGAAGUACAGUGAGUCAGAAUGCACACGCAUACGUGCGUACAAAUAUCCAUUUUCCCGGCAUGGAUUUGGAUUGCCGGUUUAACGUUGGUGCGUUUUGGCGCAUUGGUCGUUGCAUCCCCAGCCCACAGACACCGUCUGAUCUGCUGGCAGGCUGUUAUGAAAUGCCAAUCAGAACCAGAGUGCCAUUACGCGUACACACAGUACACGCGGGCCUGUGGAUCUGUGAUUAACGGACACAAGAAGAAGUGCCCGAGCCACUGCAUCUCAUCGAUCGUCCAGCUCAAUCUGACCGACAACGGACCAGGACUUGAGCACUGCGAGUGCGCCACAGACACUGUGUGCUUAAACGCCAAACGCGCCAUCGAGCCAUGCAUGCCGCGGAUCAGCCACACGGGCUGUACAGAAGCGCGUCGCGCAUGCGAAGGUGAUGCGAUCUGCAGUGCUGCUAUGCGUGACUACAUGUUCCACUGCCGCGAGCUGUUCGGCGGUGAACGCUGUUCGGAUGAAUGUCGGCGAAUUAUCAUGCGCAUGCGCUCCGUGCCCAAGGCUCGCCUAUUGGAUACGUGCGAGUGCGACGGCGCAGAGAGGAUCAUCUGCGAGCACGUAAAGAUCAGCAUGAAUAGCCUGUGUUCAGACGCGCAUAAGCACUCGGACACGGGUAGCGGGUUUACUGAUGACGAGGAUAAACUUGAGGAUGACUAUAACACGGGGGAUUAUGAGGAAGAGGAUAGCGCGGGUGUAGUGUCUAGUGCACACACAGGUUUGAUAAUAUCCUCCACCAUGUUACUUUUUACGCUUCUUCAGUGAAUGUAAAAUGACUACAAGGACUCCGAGUGGGACCGAAUUACAGUGUUUAUUGCAGGGAUUUCACUCGUUCAUCUGUUAUAUCAAGCCUCUAAAUAACAUCCCAUCCACUACCUGAUACUGACUUCUGCACAGUACACAGUACACUUUACAAGCUUCUGUUGCAGACCUGGCCAAAAUGUCCCAGGAAUCAUGUGUUCUGUAUUCUGUAUGUUGGGCAGCAUUACACACAUUUACUACAGAAAAAGACACUGAAUACAAAAUAUACAUCUGACACAAUACCAGUCUUGCACUUGGGACUAGUAUCAGCCCAGAUACAAAUACUCAUAGUCAUAACCAUGCAUUGGGAACAGAAGCAUGACCUUUAAGUUGCUCAUUUCUACUAGGAGUGUAAAUUACUUGUGCUUUGGGGCUGCACAGUAUAUUAUUUGUUAUUGCGGUAUUGUCUACUAUUAAACCAACCAAGGUUAAUACACCAGAAAUAAGUUGUUACAUUUAAGAAAUAUUUAUUUAACAUUAAUUUUUUGUGUAUUUUUUCUGUUUACAUCAGUUGUUUAUUGACCAUGCAAAGUUCAACAAUGCCAUCAUACAAUCUCUACAGUUUUUCAAACAUUUCACAUGCAGUUUAUUCUGAUAUCCUUUAUAUAUUAAAAAUGUCUAUAAAAACUCAUUGUACAUAUGCAUCCAUAUUGCCAGUAAACAGUUAAAUAUAAGUAACUUGCAAAUGAACCUGCUUAUUAGUCUUUCAUUGUCACAUGUCUAAAUAUUCUCAUGUUAUAAAACUAGCAUAGAGAUUAUUUGUAAUCCGAUGCUGAAAUCGCUUUUGUUUGGUUCUGUCUGGGGUUUUGAUUAAUUUACAGCUUUCAUAUAAUUUGACAAAUGUCAGAUGCAGAUAAAUUAUUACUUAGUAGUUAAAGUGCAGCCCUGUUUCCAGCAUUUUUCGAAACAAAUCACAGACAAGUAAAAUGCUAAUAAUCAUGAAACAUAAAUUUCACUGUUAAUAACACUUAGCCCUGUGCCUCCUGAAUGGUAAGGGCUGUGCAUUACCAGAAAUUCAAUUAUUCUGAAAUACUGAAAAACAUUUUCCAUGUAAGAUGACAUGGAAAUGUAUUUUUAUAAAUUAAAAAAAGAUAACUUUUUAUAUACAAAAAUAACUUGUCUGCAUUUCUAUGAUGUGCUAAUAUCACAAUAUGCUAUAUAUAUUGUUAUAUAUAUAUUUGAAAAUGAAGUUUUGUCUUUAAAUUUUGGGUAUAAAAAUGUUUUGAUUUAGAUUUUUUUUUCUUGGAUUAUUUUGAUAAUUGUGCAAAAAGAAAAACUACAUAAUUAUGGACAUAAGAAACUUAUAUAAUCAAAUGCCAUGAAAAUGCCAUGUAGCUAAUAUCAAUGCUCUUUUGGUCAGGAGAGUUACGCCUGAGAUAGGCACAGGCUCCCCGUGACCUGAGAAGUUCAGAUAAGUGGUAGAAGAUGAAUGAAUGAAUGAAUGAGUUACAGUCUGUAAUUGAGACUCAAAAGUGACAUGUUGCAUGAAUUUGCAUAGCAGAUAACAGAGGAGCAUGCAAGCUUAGGUUGAAUGCUCAGGUGUGUAAAAUCAAGCAUGUUGGGAUUGAGAGCAUCCAAAUGGCUUCAGUAGGUUCUGAGUGUGCUAGACUGAGCUUGAACUAGUUUCUGGUUUGUAUUGAUGCUUUAUUCAGAUGCACCAUUCACAUUUAUUCAGAGAAAAAAAUGGGUUGAACAGAAAUGUAACAAAUCAAGACUUGCUGAAUUGUCUAAGAACAUUUGCAGUUAAAUGAAU